AUGGCAAAGUCAAAUUCAAGAUUGAAAGCCUUCCAUGCCCUUGUCCUAGUAUUGCUGUGUUUUGUACACUUGUGCUUCUCCAACGAAACGGCAUCACUGAUUGCCCUUAGAAAGUUGCUUCUCCAAAGAAAAGAUGUUAUAUCCACCUGGUUUGAUUCAAAGAUACCGCCAUGUAACUGGACUGGCAUAAGAUGCGAGGGUUCUGUUGUUCACCAAAUAUCUCUAUCAUGUACAUUGUCACCGCCAACUCUUCCCUUCCCCAGGAUUUUCAGAGAAUUCAGAUCUUUAAAGCAUCUCAAUAUCAGCCGUUGUGGCUUUAAUGGGCAUAUUUACUCGGAUUUUUGGAUUCUAGAGGACUUGGAGACACUAGACCUGAGUAAUAACCGAUUGUUAGGAGUGCUGCCCCCGUCACUUUCACGUCUGAAAAAACUCCGAGUUCUUGUGCUUGAUAACAAUGGCUUUUCAGGCAGGUUACCAUCAACAAUCGGGCAGCUCAGAAAUCUGACUGAACUCUCGCUUAAUUCAAAUUCAUUUUCAGGCAGGCUUCCAUAUGAACUUGGGAACCUAGUGAAGUUGAAAUCUCUUGAUCUCAGUCUAAAUCUCUUCUCUGGAGAUCUUCCUUCCAGCUUAGGUAAUCUUACUAAGCUGACAUACUUGGAUGCUAGUCAAAAUAAGUUUACAGGACCAAUAUUUCCAGAGAUAGGAAAUUUGAAGAUGCUUAAGUCUCUUGAUCUCGCGAUGAACUCCCUCACUGGUUCUAUACCAGAAGCAAUCGGCGCUCUUACACAUGUUCAUCGUCUCCAUCUACAUUCUUGCAAGUUUACAGGGAACAUCCCUGCUCAGAUGUCGAACAUGACUAGCUUAAUUAGAGUGAACAUUGGGCAAAACUAUUUCGAGGGAGGAUUGCCUUCAAACUUCGGUGCACUGACAAAUCUUGUUUAUUUUAUCGCCACCAAUGCAGGACUAAGUGGACCAAUUCCUAGAACCCUGGGAAAUUGCAAGAAGCUGAGGGCACUAGAUCUUUCCAUGAACACGAUAUCUGGCCCGUUACCUGAUAGUCUUGCAAUGCUUGAAUCAAUAAAUUCCUUUUUCCUUCAUUCAAACCACCUAUCGGGCGCAUUGCCAGAGUGGUUUUCCAAAUGGAAAAGUGUAGAAAGCAUAAAUCUGUCGGAUAACCUCUUUACUGGACGUCUACCAUUGCUUAAUAUUCCAUCCCUGACCUUUCUUGAUCUCAGUGUCAACAUGCUUUAUGGUGUGUUGCCAGCUGAAAUAUGCCUAGGCAACGCAUUGGGCUUACUGAAGUUAUCUAAUAAUGACUUCAGUGGUACCAUAACGAGCACUUUCAGGAAUUGCUCGAUCCUCACAGAUCUGGUGUUAUCUGGAAACAACCUCUUUGGUGAAAUACCUGCUUAUCUGGGAGAUCUUCCACUGAUCACAUUGGAACUAUCAAAGAACCGAUUCUCUGGAACAAUUCCUACUCAGCUUUGGGAGUCAAAAACACUAAUGGAGAUAUACCUCAAUAGUAACUUGCUUGAAGGUCAUAUUCCAGCAGCAAUUGGAAAGGCUUCCACACUCCAGAUGUUGCAAAUGGAUAAUAACCUCUUUGAAGGAAAUAUUCCAAGUUCCAUCGGUCAACUAAAAAAUAUGACCAAUUUGUCACUGCAUGGUAACAAGUUGGCCGGUAACAUUCCAUUGGAGCUUUUCGAAUGCACAAAACUGGUUUCGUUGGACCUUGGUUCAAACGAGCUUACGGGUCCAAUUCCAAAAUCCAUAUCUCAGUUGGAAUUGCUUGACAAUCUUGUUCUGUCCAAAAACCUACUCUCUGGUCCUAUACCAGAGGAGAUCUGUACAGGAUUUCAGAAGAUCACUUUACCAGAUUCCGAGUUUGUCCAGCACUAUGGUAUGCUUGAUUUGUCCAACAAUGAGCUUUCGGGGCCCAUUCCCACUUCAAUCAAGCAGUGCAUCAUUGUGACAGAGUUAAUGCUGUCAAGAAACCAACUCGAUGGGACCAUUCCUCACGAGAUAUCUGAAUUGUCCAACCUAACUUCCCUUGAUCUGUCCUUCAAUCUUUUUACAGGGCCAACUCUUCCUCGGUUCUUCUCCAUGAGAAAUCUUCAGGGUUUAAUACUUUCACAUAACCAGCUAAGUGGCACACUCCCUGAUAAUUUCGGUUCCAUGAUGCUGAGUUUAGUUAAGCUGGACCUAUCAAGUAACUGUUUCACUGGUUCUUUGCCCCCAUCUAUAUUCAGUAUCAAGAGUCUAGAAUACCUGGAUGUUAGCAUGAAUUAUUUUUCUGGACCACUCUCUUUUCGCCUCAGCAGCACAACCUCUCUUUUAGCCCUAAAUGCCAGUAAUAACCUUUUUUCUGGUGCUCUUGAUGCUUCUAUAUCCAAUCUGACUGCCCUUUCCAUUUUUGAUGUUCACAACAACACCAUCAAUGGUGAUUUACCUUCUCUCUCCAACCUUGCUGCUUUAACAUAUCUCGACCUUUCCGGAAACGAUUUCCAAGGUUAUUUUCCAUGCAGCAUUUGUGACAUAGAGGGCCUAUCGUUUGUUGGUUUGUCGGGCAACAGGUUCAGUGGCCAGGUUCCUGAAUCUUGCAAUACACCAAACUCAUGCUAUCCAUAUCCUUCUCAGCACAGCUACACAGCAGCACAUACGUUAACUCAUGCUUCUGUUUUGGGCAUUGCACUUGGUACCUCGUUUGUUUUUGUUGUGGUCUUGCUCAUUGCCUUUUUGAGACAAAGGAUGUUGAAACAGGAAGCCAUAAUUCUUGAGAGGGGAAAAGGAAAGAAUUUCAAGGCAACCGAGACACAUUCCGAGUAUGGGCUCUUAAGGAAGAGACCUAAAGAACCACCAAGCAUUAACAUUGCAACAUUUGAGCAAUCUCUGUUAAGGUUGAAUCCUCAGGAUAUAUUAUCUGCUACAGAAAAUUUUAGUAAGACCUACAUUAUUGGCGAUGGGGGUUUUGGCACGGUUUAUAAAGCAUUGCUGCCAGAAGGUCGGACUGUUGCUGUCAAAAGGCUCAACGGUGGCCGAAUGCAUGGUGAACGUGAAUUCUUGGCUGAGAUGGAAACUGUUGGGAAGGUGAAGCAUGAGAACUUGGUGCCAUUGAUGGGAUACUGUGUGUUUGCAGAUGAGAGGUUCUUGAUCUAUGAGUAUAUGGCGAAUGGCAGUCUUGACAUGUGGUUGAGGAACCGGGCAGAUGCGGUUGAAGCACUUGAUUGGCCAACCCGUUUUAAAAUUUGCCUUGGUUCUGCUACAGGGCUAGCAUUUUUACAUCAUGGUUUUGUUCCCCACAUCAUCCACAGAGACAUCAAAUCAAGCAAUAUCUUGUUGGACAGCAAAUUUGAGCCACGGGUCUCUGAUUUUGGCCUUGCUCGGAUAAUCAGUGCAUGUGAGAGCCAUGUUAGUACGGUACUUGCAGGUACAUUUGGAUAUAUCCCUCCAGAAUAUGGGCAGAAAAUGGUAGCAACCACAAAAGGGGAUGUCUAUAGCUUCGGAGUGGUGAUGCUAGAGCUGGUGACAGGAAGAGAACCAACAGGGCAGGCUGAUGUUGAGGGUGAGAAUCUUGUUGGAUGGGUGAGGUGGAUGGUUGCAAAUAGGAAGGAAUCCGAGGUACUAGACCCUUGUUUCUAUGGUUCAUGGAUGUGGAAGGAUCAAAUGCUAGGUGUUCUUGCCAUUGCACAAGCAUGCACAAAUGACCAACCUAGGAAGCGGCCGACAAUGCUCGAUGUUGUCAAAUCACUGAAGGAGCUUAAAACCGAAACUGGAUUUGCAGCGCUUGAUCAUUCCAAGCAAAUCGUCUAA